UGGACUAUCAGGUUGGUCAAGCCUUGACCUUUGACCAUCUUUUGUCCGCCAUUUUUUUCCUUUGAAGAAUCAUUCUCUGAUCUGACGAAACUCGCAGUAUUCCUCUUGAGCAUCAUUUUACUUCCGAAACAUCGUAACUUAGAGUGGGAAAUGGAGCAGCUGACUUAUGAGUCUCCUGAAGAAUUUUCCAAUGACAAUCCUGGGAACAACGCACACACAAAUGAGAAUGAGGCAAGUGGAAGGAAAAAACAACAAGACAAAGACGUUCUACACCAAGAAAAGAGCAGUGUAGAUUCUGCACAACCUGACACAGAACGUUCUUCAUAUUCACCAGAACCAGUCGGUACAACUUCAAGGCACAGAAAGGGGCAAGGGGCAAAAUCAACCAAAGAUGCAGCUUACAUCUGUGACGAGUGCGGGUACAGAACACCUUUCAGGGGCAACUUAACGCAUCAUAUGAGAAUACACACAGGAGAAAAACCUUACAGAUGUGACCAGUGUGACUAUUCUGCUACACGAAAGAGCCACUUGGUUCGACACAGGUUCAAGCACACCUGUACUGGUGCGGUGAAACGCCACAAAUGUGACCAGUGCGACUAUUCUGCAACAGAGAAAGACAAUUUAGACACACAUGUCAUGGCCAGACAUACCGAUGAGAAGCCCUACAGGUCUGGGGAGUCCGGAUAUAGGACAGCUUCUAGGUCUAACCUUUCUAGACAUAUAAUGACACAUAGUAUUGAAAAACCUUACAAAUGUAAUCAAUGCAGUUAUUCAACUGGAGUGAAAUCUGAUUUAGAUAAACACGUCAGGGCAAAACACACCGGUGAGAAACCUUACACUUGCAGUGACUGUGGGUUCAGGACGGCUUCUACGUCAGCUCUAGUCGUACAUAAGAGAACACACACAGGUGAGAAACCUUACAAAUGUGAGGAGUGCGGAUACAGGACGGCAGGUUGGUCUAACCUUGCUCAGCAUAUCAGAACGCAUACCGGUGAGAAACCUCACAAAUGUGACCAGUGUGACUACUCUGCCGCAAGGAGAUCCCAAGUAGACGAACAUGUCAUGAGAAAACACACUUUUGUCAGUUUUGAAAAACCCUACAUGUGCGGGGAGUGCGGAUAUAGGACUGCUAAAAGGUCUCACCUGUCCCGACAUAUGAGAAAGCAUACCGGUGACAAACCCUACAUGUGCGGGGAGUGUGGAUUCAGAACGGCUAUAAGGUCUAACUUAUCCCGUCAUAUGAGAAGACAUACCGGCGAGAAACCUUACAAAUGUGACCAGUGCGACUAUUCAGCAACAGAAAAAUGCUAUUUAGUCAAUCACAUCAAUGCGAAACACAGAAACGUGCAAAAAAGCAUACCUGUGUAAAAGGCGCGAAUACAGGAUCUAGGACAAGUAUGGCCUAUAUUGAUUCUAUGAUCUAUUAUAUGGAAGACGGCCUCUAGAAACCGCGAAACAGAUACGAGCGUGCAAAUCAUGAAGAAAAGAAAACAAGUUUUCAAAAUAUAUUGUUUUCACUACGAAAUCUAAUUGGUUAGGAAGGUUGAAAAAUUGCUAAACACAAUAAGUAUUUACUACAGAACAAUAGAUUCUUUAUCUUUGUUCUUUCACGUCAUUGACUUUUGAAUAGACAUUGGCAUUUUACGACAUUAGUUUCGUUCACCCAAUAAAGUUUAGUCAUUUGUAGCAGCAUGAUUCACAGUAUGGUCAAAACGUCUUUUACAAAAAUGGAAAUUGAUGCAUUCGUGAAUGUCUUCCACACACUUUAAUCAACAUGACUUAAGAGGAAACAUAAAAGUAAGAAUCUUUACAAAUGUGCCCACUUAAAAACAAGACCUGUGAGGCGAGACUGUAAGUUGAACAUGUUAGAAAACUGGUUUGUUUCGUGCUGGUGUACCUAAGUAAGAAACAGAGUCACCCCAUUUUCACAGGAAACAAAAGGCAUGAAGUGAAGAAAGCAGACUCCAUUAGUGUGACCAUAACCAGGACAUUGUACAUGACUUUGUGAAUGUUUUAUAUUUUUGUUAUCUUAAUAUUUUCCUUAAUUAUGUUUAGUGUGUAGUAAUAUUUCUUGUCUUAGCUUAGCGCUACAUAUACUGGGAAGCAUUUACAUAAAAGAUAAUCGAAAUGACAACUUGAUGAGAGAUGAGAAAUUAACCUACACAGAAAAAUAUAAGGAAUGAUCAGUAAAAAAAUGGUUGGUAUAGUUUGGAAAAUUGUGCCAAAGAAUUCUCUUCGAUCAAAAAUCCUACCAAGGAAAUGGCAUUUUUGCCUAAAAAUGUACUAAAAACGUAAUGACUGGAGUUGUUGCUCUACGCUAACCUACAUUUUCAUGUUGUACUGUUUACAUACAACAUGAUUGUGGAUAAACUUAAUCGCAAAAUCAUAGUAGUGUUGUAGAGAUUUGCAUACUAACUCGUUAUAUCUAUGUUAUAUCGUUAUAACUAUGUUAUAUUGGUAUAACUUGUUAUAAAACUAUGUAAUAUCCAGUGUAAGCUGAAUUUGAAUAAUCGAGUUACUUAGUCACAUUUUAUAGAUGUACUGUUGUUUACAAAUAAACGUUACAAGUUCACAAUCUUUUA